AUGUAUUUGACAUUAUAUCAGCAUGGUUUAGUUUAUUGUGGUUCCAUUGUUCCAGCUGAACAAGCUGAUGUCAGUGAGGUCAUCACACAGCAAACCAUAGUUUCACAAGAAAUUAUAACGGAAACAGAAAGAAAUGUUACUACAGAAACCGUACAAGACACAGAAGAAGAAGAAACUAUAUUAGCAGAUGUGGAAGUAGCAGCCCCUCGUGAAGAUACUGUUGAAGAGACCAAGGAAACAAUUGAAGUGAAGUCUGAUAUUUCUGAAGUGACUACCAAAGAGGAGGUAGUUGAAAGUGAGAAAACUUUAGAAAGUGAAGAAGUUGAAAUUUCAGCACCAAAAGAAGAGACCAUUGAAGAAAUCAGAGAGACUACAGAGAUCAAACCAAAGGUAAUUUCCGAGGUUGACACCAAAGAGGAACUGAUCAAAGAAGAAGAGAAACCUUCAGAGGGAGUGGAUGUUGAAAUUGAAGCUCCUAAAGAAGAGACUACUGAAGAGAUCAAAGAAGUCUCUGAAGUCCAAGUUGAAGUUGUUUCUGAAGUUGAUACCAAAGAGGAACUUGUUGAAGAAGAGAAACCUUCAGAGGGAGUUGAUGUAGAAAUUGAAGCUCUAAAAGAAGAGACCACUGAAGAGAUCAAAGAAGUCUCUGAAGUCCAAGUUGAAGUUGUUUCUGAAGUUGACACCAAAGAAGAACUUGUUGAAGAAGAGAAACCUUCAGAAGCUCCUAAAGAAGAAACCACUGAAAAGAUCAAAGAAGUCUCUGAAGUCCAAGUUGAAGUUCUUUCUGAAGUUGACACCAAAGAGGAACUUGUUGAAGAAGAGAAGCCUUCAGAGGGAGUUGAUGUAGAAAUUGAAGCUCCUAAAGAAGAAACCACUAAAGAGAUCAAAGAAGUCUCUGAAGUCCAAGUUGAAGUUGUUUCUGAAGUUGACACCAAAGAAGAACUUGUUGAAGAAGAGAAACCUUCUGAGGAAGUCGAUGUUGAAAUUGAAGCUCCUAAAGAAGAAACCACUGAAGAGAUCAAAGAAGUCUCUGAAGUCCAAGUUGAAGUUCUUUCUGAAGUUGACACCAAAGAAGAACUUGUUGAAGAAGAGAAACCUUCAGAGGGAGUUGAUGUAGAAAUUGAAGCUCCUAAAGAAGAAACUACUGAAGAGAUCAAAGAAGUCUCUGAAGUCCAAGUUGAAGUUGUUUCUGAAGUUGACACCAAAGAAGAACUUGUUGAAGAAGAGAAACCUUCAGAGGGAGUUGAUGUAGAAAUUGAAGCUCCUAAAGAAGAGACCACUGAAGAGAUCAAAGAAGUCUCUGAAGUCCAAGUUGAAGUUGUUUCUGAAGUUGAUACUAAAGAAGAACUUGUUGAAGAAGAUAAACCUUCAGAAGGUGUGGAUGUUGAAAUUGAAGCUCCAAAAGAAGAGACCACUGAAGAGAUCAAAGAAGUCUCUGAAGUUCAAGUUGAAGUUGUUUCUGAAGUUGACACCAAGGAAGAACUUGUUGAAGAAGAUAAACCUUCAGAAGGUGUUGAUAUUGAAAUUGAAGCUCCCAAAGAAGAAACGACCGAAGAGAUCUCUUUGGAAAUAACCAAGGAAGAGAAACAAAAAGAAGAAACUUCUGAAGUCACCUUGGAAGUAACUGACGAAGAAAAACCAAAAGAUGACAUCUCUGAAGUUUCAUUGAAAAUAACCGAGGAAGAGAAAACAGUGGAAGAAAUUUCUGAAGUCUCCAUGGAAAUUACUGAGGAAGAAAAAACAGUCGAAGAAACUUCUGAAGUUUCCUUGGAAAUAACUGAGGAAGAAAAACCAAAAGAAGAAACUUCUGAAGUCUCCUUGGAAAUUACUGAGGAAGAAAAACCAAAAGAAGAAAAAGCUGAAGUCUCUUUGGGAAUAACUGAGGAAGAAAAACCAAAAGAAAAAACUUCUGAAGUCUUUUUGGAAAUUACUGAGGAAGAAAAAACAGUUGAAGAAACUUCUGAAGUUUCCUUGGAAAUAACUGAGGAAGAAAAACCAAAAGAAGAAACUUCUGAAGUCUCCUUGGAAAUUACUGAGGAAGAAAAACCAAAGGAAGAAACUUCUGAAGUCGCCUUGGAAAUUACUGAGGAAGAAAAACCAAAGGAAGAAACUUCUGAAGUCGCCUUGGAAAUUACUGAGGAAGAAAAACCAAAAGAAGAAAUCGCUGAAAUCUCCAUGGAAAUUACUAAGAAAGAAAAACCAAAAGAAGAAAUAGCUGAAGUCUCUUUGGAAAUUACUGAGGAAGAAAAACCAAAGGAAGAAACUUCUGAAGUCUCCAUGGAAAUUACUGAGGAAGAAAAAACAGUCGAAGAAACUUCUGAAGUUUCCUUGGAAAUAACUGAGAAAGAAAAACCAAAAGAAGAAACUUCUGAAGUCUCCUUGGAAAUUACUGAGGAAGAAAAACCAAAAGAAGAAAUAGCUGAAGUCUCUUUGGAAAUAACUGAGGAAGAAAAACCAAAGGAAGAAACUUCUGAAGACGCCUUGGAAAUUACUGAGGAAGAAAAACCAAAAGAAGAAAUAGCUGUAGUCUCUUUGGAAAUAACUGAGGAAGAAAAACCAAAAGAAGAAACUUCUGAAGUCUCCUUGGAAAUUACUGAGGAAGAAAAACCAAAAGAAGAAAUAGCUGAAGUCUCUUUGGAAAUUACUGAGGAAGAAAAACCAAAAGAAGAAACAGCUGAAGUCGCCUUGGAAAUUACUGAGGAAGAAAAACCAAAAGAAGAAACUUCUGAAGUCGCCUUGGAAAUUACUGAGGAAGAAAAACCAAAAGAAGAAAUAGCUGAAGUCUCUUUGGAAAUAACUGAGGAAGAAAAAGCAAAAGAAGAAACUUCUGAAGUCUCCUUGGAAAUAACUGAGGAAGAAAAACCAAAAGAAGAAAAAGCUGAAGUCUCUUUGGGAAUAACUGAGGAAGAAAAACCAAAAGAAGAAACCUCUGAAGUCUCCUUGGAAAUUACUGAGGAAGAAAAACCAAAAGAAGAAACUUCUGAAGUCUCCUUGGAAAUUACUGAGGAACAAAAAACAGUUGAAGAAACUUCUGAAGUUUCCUUGGAAAUCACUCAGGAAGAAAAACCAAAAGAAGAACUAGCUGAAGUCUCUUUGGAUAUAUCUGAGGAAGAAAAACCAAAAGAAGAAACUUCUGAAGUCGCCUUGGAAAUUACUGAGGAAGAAAAACCAAAAGAAGAAACUUCCGAAGUCUCCUUGGAAAUUACUGAGGAAGAAAAACCAGUGGAAGAAACCUCUGAAGUUGCCUUGGAAAUUACUAAGGAAGAAAAACCAAAAGAAGAAAUAGCUGAAGUCGCCUUGGAAAUUACUGAGGAUGAAAAACCAGUGGAAGAAACAUCUGAAGUCUCCUUGGAAAUUACUGAGGAAGAAAAACCAAAAGAAAAAAUAGCUGAAGUCUCUUUGGAAAUAACUGAGGAAGACAGACCAGUGGAAGAAACCUCUGAAGUCUCCUUGGAAAUUACUGAGGAAGAAAAACCAAAAGAAGAAACUUCUGAUGUCUCUUUGGAAAUAACUGAGCAAGAAAAACCAAAAGAAGAAACUUCUGAAGUCUCCUUGGAAAUUACUGAGGAACAAAAAACAGUUGAAGAAACUUCUGAAGUUUCCUUGGAAAUAACUGAGGAAGAUAAACCAAAAGAAGAAACUUCCGAAGUCUCCGUGGAAAUUACUGAGGAAGAAAAACCAGUGGAAGAAACCUCUGAAGUUGCCUUGGAAAUUACUGAGGAAGAAAAACCAAAAGAAGAAAUAGCUGAAGUCGCCUUGGAAAUUACUGAGGAAGAAAAACCAAAGGAAGAAACUUCUGAAGUCUCCUUGGAAAUAACUGAGGAAGAAAAACCAGUGGAAGAAACAUCUGAAGUCUCCUUGGAAAUUACUGAGGAAGAAAAACCAAAAGAAGAAAUAGCUGAAGUCUCUUUGGAAAUAACUGAGGAAGACAGACCAGUGGAAGAAACCUCUGAAGUCUCCUUGGAAAUUACUAAGGAAGAAAAACCAAAAGAAGAAACUUCUGACGUCUCCUUGGAAAUAACUGAGCAAGAAAAACCAAAAGAAGAAAUAGCUGAAGUCUCUUUGGAAAUAACUGAGGAAGAAAAACCAAAAGAAGAAACUUCUGAAGUCUCUUUGGAAAUUACCAAGGAAGAAAAACCACAAGAAAAGAUAGCUGAAGUCUCUUUGGAAAUUACUGAGGAAGAAAAAAUAGUGGAAGAAACCUCUGAAGUUUCCUUGAAAGUAACUGAGGAAGAAAAAACAGUAGAAGAAAUCUCUGAAGUCUCCUUGAAAAUUACCGAUGAAGAAAAACUAGUUGAAGAAACUUCUGAAGUCUCCUUGGAAAUUACUGAGGAAGAAAAACCAAAAGAAGAAAUAGCUGAAGUCUCUUUGGAAAUUACUGAGGAAGAAAAACCAAAAGAAGAAACUUCUGAAAUCUCCUUGGAAAUAACUGAGGAAGAAAAACCAAAAGAAGAAAUAGCUGAAGUCUCUUUGGAAAUUACUGAGGAAGAAAAACCAAAGGAAGAAACUUCUGAAAUCUCCUUGGAAAUUACUGAGGAAGAAAAACCAAAAGAAGAAAUAGCUGAAGUCUCUUUGGAUAUAUCUGAGGAAGAAAAACCAAAAGAAGAAACAUCUGAGGUUGCCUUGGAAAUUACUGAGGAAGAAAAACCAAAAGAAGAAACUUCUGAAGUCGCCUUGGAAAUUACUGAGGAAGAAAAACCAAAAGAAGAAAUAGCUGAAGUCUCUUUGGAAAUAACUGAGGAAGAAAAACCAAAAGAAGAAACUUCUGAAGUCUCCUUGGAAAUUACUGAGGAAGAAAAACCAAAAGAAGAAAAAGCUGAAGUCUCUUUGGGAAUAACUGAGGAAGAAAAACCAAAAGAAGAAACCUCUGAAGUCUCCUUGAAAAUUACUGAGGAAGAAAAACCAAAAGAAGAAACUUCUGAAGUCUCCUUGGAAAUUACUGAGGAACAAAAAACAGUUGAAGAAACUUCUGAAGUUUCCUUGGAAAUAACUGAGGAAGAUAAACCAAAAGAAGAAACUUCCGAAGUCUCCUUGGAAAUUACUGAGGAGGAAAAACCAAAAGAAGAAACUUCUGAAGUCGCCUUGGAAAUUACUGAGGAAGAAACACCAAAAGAAGAAACUUCUGAAGUCUCCUUGGAAAUUACUGAGGAAGAAACACCAAAAGAAGAAACUUCCGAAGUCUCCUUGGAAAUUACUGAGGAAGAAACACCAAAAGAAGAAACUUCCGAAGUCUCCUUGGAAAUUACUAAGGAAGAAACAACAAAAGAAGAAACUUCUGAAGUUUCCUUGGAAAUUACUGAGGAAGAAAAACCAGUGGAAGAAACUUCUGAAGUCUCCUUGGAAAUUACUGAGGAAGAAAAACCAAAGGAAGAAAUACCUGAAGCCACCUUGGAAAUUACUGAGGAAGAAAAACCAGUGGAAGAAACCUCUGAAGUCGCCUUGGAAAUUACUGAGGAAGAAAAACCAAAAGAAGAAAUAGCUGAAGUCUCUUUGGAUAUAACUGAGGAAGAAAAACCAGUGGAAGAAACCUCUGAAGUCUCUUUGGAAAUUACUGAGGAAGAAAAACCAAAAGAAGAAAUCUCUGAAGUUGCCUUGGAAAUUACUGAGGAAGAAAAACCAAAAGAAGAAAAAGCUGAAGUCUCUUUGGAUAUUACUGAGGAAGAAAAACCAGUGGAAGAAACCUCUGAAGUCUCCUUGGAAAUAACUCAGAAAGAAAAACCAAAAGAAGAAACUUCUGAAGUCGCCUUGGAAAUUACUGAGGAAGAAAAACCAAAGGAAGAAACCUCUGAAGUCUCCUUGGAAAUUACUGAGGAAGAAAAACCAAAAGAAGAAAUAGCUGAAGUCUCUUUGGAUAUAACUGAGGAAGAAAAACCAAAAGAAGAAAUCUCUGAAGUCUCUUUGGAUAUAACUGAGGAAGAAAAACCAGUGGAAGAAACUUCUGAAAUUUCCUUGGGAGUAUCUGAGGAAGAAAAACCAAAAGAAGAAACCUCUGAAGUCUCCUUGGAAAUUACUGAGGAAGCAAAACCAAAAGAAGAAACCUCUGAAGUCGCCUUGGAAAUUACUGAGGAAGAAAAACCAAAAGAAGAAAUAGCUGAAGUCUCCUUGGAAAUUACUGAGGAAGAAAAACCAAAAGAAGAAACCUCUGAAGUCGCCUUGGAAAUUACUGAGGAAGAAAAACCAAAAGAAGAAACCUCUGAAGUCUCCUUGGAAAUUACUGAGGAAGAAAAAACAGUGGAAGAAACUUCUGAAAUUUCAUUGAAAGUAACUGAGGAAGAAAUACCAGUGGAAGAAACUUCUGAAGUCUCCUUGAAAAUUACUGAGGAAGAAAAACCAAAAGAAGAAACCUCUGAAGUCUCCUUGGAAAUAUCUGAGGAAGAAAAAACAAUCGAAGAAACUUCUGAAGUCUCCUUGGAAAUUACUGAGGAAGAAAAACCAAAAGAAGAAAUAGCUGAAGUCUCUUUGGAAAUAACUGAGGAAGAAAAACCAAAGGAAGAAAUCUCUGAAGUCGCCUUGGAAAUUACUCAGGAAGAAACACCAAAAGAAGAAACCUCUGAAGUCUCCUUGGAAAUAACUGAGGAAGAAAAACCAAAGAAAGAUGUCUCAGAGGUAGAUCUUGAUGUGAAGCUUGACAUGAAGGAACAAGUUUUCACACAAGAAUCAGUAGACGUAACUCUUGACGAAAAAGAACAAACCAAGAGAGAGGACUCUGGCAUACAAGUUGAAGAAACUAUUGAUAUAUCUGACACUGUUGACUCUGAACUAACUGUUGAUGUAGACUCUGAUUUCAGAAGUAAGCUUUCAGAAGCAACUGAUGUUGAAGUAGUUAUAAAAGACGAUUCCAAAGGUACCAGCAACUAUGUGCUACAGACAUGCAACCAACGAAUUUUGGCUCAAUGUUUACAUUCUUAA